AUGCUGGUUAUCCUGCUGAACUGUGUGACCCUGGGCAUGUUCCAGCCCUGCGAGGACGUCAAGUGCCAGUCCGAGUGGUGCAUCAUCCUCCAGGCAUUUGAUGACUGCAUCUUCGCCUUCUUUGCUGUGGAGAUGGUCAUCAAGAUGAUGGCUCUAGGGAUUUUUGGAUCAGAGUGUUACCUUGGAGACACAUGGAACCGUCUGGACUUCUUCAUCGUCAUGGCGGGGAUGUUGGAGUACUCACUGGACGGCCACAACGCCAGCCUGUCAGCCAUCCGGACCGUACGCGUGCUCAGGCCUCUAAAAGCCAUCAACAGAGUUCCCAGUAUGAAGAUACUGGUGACUCUGCUCCUAGAUACUCUGCCUAUGUUAGGCAAUGUCCUCCUGCUGUGCUUUUUUGUCUUCUUUAUAUUCGGCAUUGUCGGGGUGCAGCUCUGGGCUGGUCUUCUGAGGAAUAGGUGUUUCUUGGACAAGGAGGUGAAGGAUAUGUAUAAUCUGUCCUUCAUGAGUCCGUACUUCAUGCGUGAGGAAGGUGAGGACAGCCCAUUCAUCUGCUCUUCUGAGAAGGAGAACGGUAUGCUCCGCUGCCGUGACGUGCCUCGAUUAAGGGAGGGCGAGACAGAGUGCACACUCAAUGCAACCCCUGGACAUGCCUAUUUCGGCACCGAUGGGUCCAACAGGAACAGCUGUGUGAACUGGAACCAGUACUACAGUGUAUGUCGGCCCGGAGAACUGAAUCCACAUAAGGGGGCUGUGAACUUUGAUAAUAUUGGAUAUGCUUGGAUCGCUAUAUUCCAGGUUAUCACUUUGGAAGGAUGGGUGGACAUCAUGUAUUACGUUAUGGAUGCCCACUCCUUUUACAAUUUUAUAUAUUUUAUAUUGCUCAUCAUAGUGGGCUCUUUCUUCAUGAUCAACCUGUGCCUGGUUGUAAUUGCAACCCAGUUCUCUGAGACGAAGCAGCGGGUGAACAAGCUGAUGAAGGACCAGCGUGUAUGCUACCAGUCCAAUGACAGCACGCUGGCCAGCUACUCGGAGCCUGGCAGCUGCUAUGAGGAGAUGCUCAGGUACAUCAGCCACCUGUACCGGAAGGUGAAGCGCCGUGUGUCGCGCGUAUACCACGGCUGGCAGAGCAAGCGCCGGAAGAAAAUCAACCCCAACAGUGGCCUUCCCGGAGGGGGAGGAGGCGCAGGCCCAGGGGGGGCAAAUGGGCACAGCAGGCAGAGAAGCAGUGGCCACUGGGCGCGUUCCAUUCGUAACCUCAUCCAGCACCACCAGCACCACCACUGUCACCUUAGCAAUGGCCUCCCCAGCCCACAGGCCACUGCAGGAAGCAGCGAGGCUCUGGAGAUGAGGUUCAUCACACCAGGGCCACAGCUAGCAUUUCCCUCACAGCUAACCACUGGGCAGGAUCUUUCACCAGUAGCCCAGUCAGUGCACAGCAUCUUUCAAGGUGACUUUCAUGAGGCCCCGCAGGUUUGCACAGGCACCGCAGCUGGUGUGACUCCACUAGGGAGGCUUAAUGGGGGCAUGAACUAUCCUACCAUUUUGCCAUCCUUCAUCUGCAGCUACACAGGCAGAAACCCCACAGCCAAAGGGAGGGGCGAGCCCAACAACGGCACGGCAGAUGUGUCAGAUCCAUUUGAAAAACUUCAGCAGCUCACAGGAGACCACAGUCAUGGCCGCUUGCUGCUGCAGAUGACGGGUGUGGUGCCCACAUCGCUGCUCUUCGAGGUGCUGGGCUGCCCAUACUGUGCCCGGGCACUGGAGACCAUGGACCUGGAGCUGGCUGAGUCUGAGUGCUCCCGGUCCGAGGGGGAGGUGGUGCAUGAGUUCUCUCACGGAGCAGAAUUCAAACCAGUCCAUUCGCGCCACCACAAGAGGUUUCAGGAGCGCAGCCGCAUGACUCGUUACUGGGAGGACUUCAGGGACAGGAUGAAACGCAUAGUGGAUAGCAAGUACUUCAAUAGGGGGAUUAUGAUUGCCAUCCUCAUCAACACCUUGAGCAUGGGAAUCGAGCACCACGAGCAGCCUGCUGAACUGACAGACAUCCUGGAGAUCAGCAAUAUCGUCUUCACCAGCAUGUUUGUCCUCGAGAUGGUCUUCAAGCUGGUGGCCUUUGGCCUCUAUGGAUAUAUCAAGAACCCAUAUAACAUCUUUGAUGGGAUCAUUGUAGUGAUAAGCGUGUGGGAGAUCAUUGGGCAGGCUGAUGGUGGGCUCUCCGUGCUCAGGACCUUUCGUCUGUUGCGAGUGCUUAAGCUGGUGCGCUUCCUACCGGCUCUGCGCAGACAGCUGGUGGUCCUGAUGAAGUCAAUGGACAACGUGGCCACAUUCUGCAUGCUGCUCAUGCUCUUCAUCUUCACUUUCAGUAUUCUUGGAAUGCAUUUGUUUGGGUGCAAAUUCAGCCUGAAGAUGGAGAAUGGAGACACUAUUCCAGACAGGAAGAACUUUGAUUCCCUGCUGUGGGCCAUCGUCACUGUGUUUCAGAUACUUACUCAGGAGGACUGGAAUGUGGUCCUCUAUAACGGAAUGGCUUCCACCUCUCCACUGGCUGCACUUUACUUUGUAGCCCUGAUGACGUUUGGGAAUUAUGUUCUCUUUAAUUUGCUGGUGGCCAUCCUGGUUGAGGCCUUCCAAGCAGAGGGAGAUGCCAACAAGUCCGACUCAGACGAGGAGAAGAGGUCAGUUGACUUUGAAGAAGAGGAGAAGAUGGCAGAAUUGCGUGCCAGAGAGUUGAAGAUGUACUCCCUGAUGAUGUCAGCAAAUGGGCAUGUGGACUCCCGUGGUAACUUGCCCCCACCAAUCAUCAUGCGCACGGCUGCCACCCCCAUGCCCACUCCAAAGAGCUCUCUUGGCCCAGAGUCUGUCUUCGGUUUGGGGGAGUCGAGGCGUGGCAGUGGGGUCUCCAUCGACCCAAAUGGCUACGAUCAGAGGUCCCUGUCCAGCCCGCGUAGAUCGCCAUGCCACCCUCGGAGCUCAGGCAGUAACUGGGGCAGCCGGAGAUCGAGCUGGAACAGCCUCAGCAGAGCACCAAGCCUGAAGAGGAAAGAUACAUCUGGUGAGAGAGAGUCUCUUCUGUCUGGUGACGGCAGAGGCAGCUUUGAGGACGAGGAUAUAGAGGGCAACCUUUCAGGAAGAGCAGGCAGCACCAGCGGCGGAUCUCUGCAGCACCCCAGUUCUCUGGAGUUCCCUGAGCUGCCCCCAGGGUCCAGUCUGUACCCGUCCGGAGAGUACCAUGACUGCAAUGGAAGGGCACUGCAUCUGCCCACAGAGCUUCCCUCCGAGCUGAGUCGGGAGGACUCCACCACAGAGGAGGAUAUGGACGAUAGUAUCUGUUACCGUCUAAAGAGGAUGCUGGAUGCUUAUAAACCGCAGUGGUGUAAGGAUCAUGAGGACUGGUCCCUAUAUCUGUUCUCCCCUCAAAACAGAUUUCGGAUGAUCUGCCAUCAACUGAUCUCGCACAGAAUGUUUGACCAUGUUGUCUUGGUUUUUAUCUUCCUUAACUGUAUCACAAUUGCUCUGGAGAGGCCAAAUAUUAACGUUCAAAGCACAGAGCGACGGUUUCUCACUAUUUCCAAUUAUGUAUUCACUGUGAUCUUUGUUGCUGAAAUGACUGUGAAGGUGGUGGCCCUUGGUUUCUACAGCUACCUGCAGAGCACAUGGAAUGUGUUAGAUGGAGUGCUGGUGUUUGUUUCACUCAUUGACAUCCUGGUGUCUCUAGCAUCCAGCGGUGGUGGGAACCGAAUCUUGGGCAUAUUGAGGGUUCUCCGUCUGCUGAGGACACUGCGGCCUCUGAGGGUGAUCAGCCGUGCUCCUGGACUGAAGCUGGUGGUAGAAACACUGAUAACCUCUCUGAGACCCAUCGGGAACAUAGUACUGAUAUGCUGUGCAUUCUUCAUCAUCUUUGGCAUUCUUGGAGUUCAGCUUUUCAAGGGCAAGUUUGACCAUUGUGAAGGCCUAGACAUACGAAACAUCACCAACAAAUCUGAUUGCCUGCAAGCAAACUACAAAUGGAUUCGGAGGAAAUACAACUUUGAUAAUUUGGGACAGGCUCUCAUGUCGCUGUUUGUGCUGUCUUGUAAGGAUGGCUGGGUGAAUAUUAUGUAUGAUGGGCUGGAUGCUGUGGGUGUGGACCAACAGCCGGUGCGCAACCACAACCCAUGGAUGCUCCUCUACUUCAUCUCUUUCCUGCUGAUUGUAAGCUUCUUUGUGCUGAACAUGUUCGUGGGCGUGGUGGUAGAGAACUUCCACAAAUGCCGGCAGGACCAAGAGGAGGAGGAGGCACGCCUGCGUGAAGAGAAGAGGCAGCGGCAGCUGGAGAAAAGGCGCAGGAAGAGACAUCAGAAACCCUACUACGCAGACUACUCACCAGCCCGCCUCUACAUCCACACACUGUGCUCCAACCACUACCUGGACCUUUUUAUCACCUUCAUCAUCUGCAUCAAUGUAGUCACCAUGUCCAUGGAGCACUACAAUCAGCCCCUGUAUCUUGAGGAAGCUUUGAAGUACUGCAACUAUGUCUUCACCAUCUUCUUCAUCUUAGAGGCUCUUCUCAAACUCGUGGCUUUUGGCGUCCGAAGAUUCUUCAAAGACAGGUGGAACCAGUUGGACUUGGCCAUCGUGCUUCUCUCCAUCAUGGGUAUCACUCUAGAGGAGAUCAAGAUGAAUGCUGCUCUUCCAAUCAACCCCACCAUCAUCCGAAUCAUGAGGGUUCUGAGAAUAGCCAGAGUGCUGAAGCUUUUGAAGAUGGCUAAAGGAAUGAGAGCAUUGCUGGACACUGUGAUGCAGGCUCUACCGCAGGUGGGAAAUCUGGGCUUGCUGUUUAUGCUUCUCUUCUUCAUCUACGCUGCACUCGGUGUGGAGCUCUUUGGGAAACUGGAUUGCAAUGAAAACAACCCAUGUGAAGGACUGAGUCGACAUGCCACUUUUGAGAACUUCGGAAUGGCUUUUUUGACCCUCUUCAGAGUUUCAACUGGGGACAAUUGGAAUGGUAUAAUGAAGGACACUUUGAGGGAUUGCACUCCUGAAGAUAGCCACUGCCUGAACUACCUGCCUCUGGUCUCUCCAAUCUACUUUGUCACCUUUGUGUUGAUGGCCCAGUUUGUGCUGGUGAACGUGGUGGUGGCUGUGCUAAUGAAGCAUCUGGAAGAGAGCAAUAAGGAGGCCAAGGAAGAAGCUGAGAUGGACACCGACGCUGAGCUGGACAAGGAGCCCAAAAAUAAUGCUGAUGUCUCAGCAGAGGGCUGUGGUGGACAAGAGGGAAGGGACACCUACAUGGGGCCAAGACCUGACUCACCUGGGGAUGAUGAGGAGAGGCAAAGGACUCAGGAGAAUUUGCUUUCUCCACGGAAGAUGUCAGUGUCCAGGAUGCACUCUUUGCCCAAUGACAGCUACAUGUUUCGCCCUGUGAGGCCAGCCAGCGCACCAUACCCACUGCAGGAGGUGGAGCCAACUCAAGGGUAUCUUGAAUUAGGCUCGGUGACCUCGAUCCACUCUCAGCCAUGUGAGGGCCAUUCCCUGCUGCAGGUCCCUGGUGUUCCUCCUCUUCCCAACUUUAACAUCUGCAUGCCUAGGAUCCCUCCUCCCAUGCCUUCCCCCACACAUAGCAUAGGCAGGCCUCUACGUAGACAGGAAGCAGUUAAGAAUGAUUCUGUCGAUGUGCAGACUUAUGAUUCCAAAGACAACUUUGACAGACAGGUUGGGACUACAGCCACUAGCUUCACUUUCCCAGUGCCCCGAAUCUCUGCCCCCAGCAGCCCACAGUUGUCCCCUCUGCUGCCCCUUCGCAGCUACUCCCGCACCCUUCAGCACCCACGUAGCCAGCGGCGCAUCCCUUCCAGGCCCCCGAGCCAGGCCAGCAGUGGCAGCGGCAGCACCAGCCCCAGCGGAUCCAUGUUCGACUCAACCGACCCAGCCGAUGAAGAGGUGCGCCACAUCAACAGCUCGGCCAGGCUGUGGGUGGGGCUCCCAGCAGAGGUGCGAAGCCACUCACUGUCCCCCUACACCACUCCAGGGCUGCUGCAACCUGUUCCAAUAAAGAACUGCAACAGCGCUGCAAACCUGGCCGUCUGUGGCCUCACAGACAAGGACGCUAAGAAGUUCUUUAGUGUGGACGCCAAAGGGUUUCUGGACAAGCCUUCUGCCGCUGAGGACCACCGGCGUCACUCCAUUGAAAUUUGUCCUUCCCUGGACGACGAUGUGUUCAAUCAGGGCAGCAGUGAAAAGAAGCACCCACCCACACGUGGACACUCUUUGCACAUUCCCAGGAAGAAAAAGAUGAGUCCUCCAUGCAUCUCCAUUGAGCCCCCACUGGAGAUUGAGAUCCCGGCUUCUCUGGCGUCCAUGAAGAAGCUGUCAGAGAGCAGCAUGUUACUGAGAAGAAGGACACCGUCCUAUGAGCUGGCGUUGCAGCGUGACUCGCUAGACCUUCUGGAGCACCAACUCCCCAGCCAGCCUCUCAUCAAAGUGGAGAGGCACCCAUCCCACUGUGGAGAAUAUCUCUCUCUACCACAGUUCACCUUUGACCAGGUGGACCCCACUUCCAUGGGCAGCUUGGCAGGCGUCCUUUGUGAAAAUGAUCCAUCCACUCAAUCACGCUCUCCCUUUGACAGCAGACUGGAGGAAUCCACAGACUUCAGCACAGUGAACAGGACGGCUCAAUGAUGCAGAUACAGACAAAGAAAACGUGAACGACUUUAGACAAAUCUUGUAGUGCACACCAUAAAGCGUGGCACUUUUUUUGGAUGUGGGGCACCUACCACUUAAUUCAGUAGCCAAAGUUUUUUCAGAUGUAAUAUUAUGUAAGCCAGCCAGAAAUGGCAACUUUGAUAUGGGUGUGAUCGGGCAAGAUGGGAUAUGCAAUUUCAGGUUUCCUUUUGGAACUCUGGUUCUUUUCUUACUCCCAGUGCUCAAUCACAUUGAUUUGAGUUCAGGAUGUGUAGUGUUUUUUUAAUUCCUUUAUCCAUACCAUCUUGUCAUCAACAUUGCUGUUUUCUGUAAAGGAGUAUACAGAGUAAAUAAAACAAAAAACAGUCAAACAAAGAAAAAAACGUAAGAACUGUACAUGUUCUGUACUUUAUUAAAUCAUAUAUUGUAAAUAGAGGAAAUAUUGUAUUGGUGAAGAAAAUAGAUCUAUUCAUAUGCACAUAUUUUUUAUAGAGAUCUAUAAUGUUUUUGCACAUAUCAAUUUGAAUUUCAAGUUGACUUGUCUUUUGUUGUCCUCUUGUGAAUGUACAUUUUUUUUUAUCAAAUAGCAGUGGGAUCAAUUAUAGUCUGUUUAGACCUACCGAUACUGAGAUGAUUUUUAUUUUUCUAUUGGGAGAUGGGGUAUGAGAUAUUAAAGUAGAUCUAACGAGAACCAAACAUCAAAUGAUCUGUAGCCUCAGUGCAAUACACUGUAAAUGUUUAUGUAAGUUUACUCUGUUAGGUUGCUCACAUUUUACACAAACAUAGUCAGUAACGUGCAUCUCACUAACACAACCCUAUACCAUACUCAAGUUCAUCUCAACGUAUAAAGUAAGGUUUCCUCCACACGCGUUCAUUAUUGAACUUAAUAAUGGCAUUUUUUUGACCCUUAGCUGUGGCACGGGUAGUAUGCAUGUAAAGGACAAAAUAAACCAAUGUAGAUAUGAUAACGUUGCAAGGUAGACUUUGUUCUUGAUCUCCCUAUUUUCUAUUGUCCUUUUUGUCAAAGGAAAAGCCAGAGUCUUUUCUGUGAACAGAGGGAGUUGAUUUUAGCACAAACAGGAUCUGGUUUACCUUUCAGCUUCGACAUGGUGCCUCUACAUUUGUGUCUGCAGUAAAGAGACAGACUAUUACAUGAAAGACGUUGCACAUUUCUGUCGGUGAUUCUACAACUAUGGGCACUUCAGCUCCGCAUAUGUUCAUUUUCUCAGUAAAGAUGGUAUCAGGAGAAGCUGAAACAGUACAGCUGCCCAGAAAUAGCUCUGGACCUGUAAGCAGACAGCAUGGCACUGUAUGGUACAGUAUGGUAGGACCUUUGUUUUUUAUUUGAAAGCCUUUUUUGUUGCAGUUGAUGCUGGUUGAAAAAAAUGCACAAUAACAAGAACUGCUAUUACCAUUAUAUUGACUUGAUGAUGACAAACAUAUUUUAGCUCUUUACCUCUUUUUCAUCCCAAAUAUAGUUAAAUUUAGUCCACAUCAGAUGGUUUUACUUCUGUUGGUAUCACUUGCUCUGUUUAAAGUAAUUAGCAGUUCAUCUAAUGUCUUCCUUUAACUGAAAUCAUACAGAUAUCUAAAUUAUAAAUGAAGAAAAAAACAAAUUGAAAAAUUGAAAAUGAUGGUAAAAGAAUAUCCUGAAACAACAAAUACAGUCUGCAUGUGUGCUAGUGAUGGCAAAAUGUCCUAAUAUUAAUAUAUAGUUGCACUAUUUAUAGUUUUUAAAUUUGUUUUAAAUUACAUUAAAGUCCAUAAAUAUUGCAGAAAAAAAUAACACUUACUAUGACUACAUACUGUAUGUCCCAACACAGCUGGAUCUGGAAUAACACACAGUAUAACUGAUUUAAUGUCAAAAAUGAUAAAUAAUUGUAAAUUGUAUUCCUAUUCUAGUUCAAAAUGUAUUUAAAAUCCCACAUAAAGUGUAGUAGUAGUAAUAAGGUUGUAUGAAUAAGAAUUGGUCUUUAUCACAAAAUUCUAAUGAUUUAUAGGUGAAGAACAUAUUUGUCAGUGUCCUCUGCAGACUUACUGAGCUCAGCACUAUUCUGAUAAAACCUUUAUAAAAGUAAAUUUAUAACUUAAGCAUGACUCAAGCGUAAACUUGAGUUUUGUUCUCCCUGAACCUAAAGGACCUGCAAGUGCCCAUAGUUUUAGAAACGCCCAUGCAGACAAUGGGCCUCAUUCACCAACCAUUCUUAAGAAGAAUUUUUUUCUUAAAAUCCACUUACGUAAUUUUUGAAGAU